CAUUUAUGUGUCAUCCGGUUGGGGAGUGGAGGUCUGAGAACAAGCUUUCGGCAACAAAUAGUAAGUUAUAUGAAUGCACAGCAGCAGCGGAUGGCCUGUUUGGUUUCCAAAGGGCGAAGCCUCGGAUAAAUGAAGAAGACAGCGACUCCGCUUCCGUAAGGCUGCCAUCGGAGGCAGCUUUGAAGGACUUUCGCCAUGAAUAAGCAGCAAAGCAAAGAAACGCUCAAAGAAAAAGUGAAGGGGAUCUUUGGGCUCGGGACGCAACGGCAGCAAACGAAGCAGUGUGACUCAAAGCUGCCAGAGUUUAUAAUCACAGCCGACAUAAUAAAGGAACUGCAUCCUGAUUGUGGCCUGAGCAACCGCAUCCGGAUGAUGAACCAAAUCUGCGAUCUGGCAAAAAUCAAAAAAUUCGAAGAGAAUGCAGUGGAGGCUGUGUGGAAAGCCGUGGAGGACAUGCUGUCCCCGGAGCAGCCGGCAGAGGCCCGACACGCGGUCCUGCAGCUUCUCAGGGCCAUCAUACAAGGACAGGGUGAGUGGCUCGGUCCUCUGAGGGCGUACUUUUUUAAGGUGAUCAGAGACUACCAACCCUGCAACGAGGACCUUUCAGAAAGACUGGAGGUGUUCAAGGCUUUAACUGAAAAUGGGAAAGACAUCACGUACUUGGAGGAGGACAUAGCGCGGUUCGUCCUCCUGUGGAUGGACAUAGGUCUCACCUCAGACUUUCUCCAUGUUCUUGUGAAUUUGGUCAAGUACAACAGCUGCUAUCUGGAUCAGAACGUCUCCAGCAUGGUGCAGAAAAUCUGUCUUCUGUGCAACAGAACAACAUCAUCCACUGACAUAGAGGUGGCACUCCAGGUCUUGGAUGCCGUUGUGUGCUACAACUGCCUGCCCUCUGAGUCCCUCACCGUCUUCAUUAUAACGCUCUGCCGUACGGUUAACGUGAAGGAGUUCUGCGAAUCCUGCUGGAAGCUGAUGAGGAAAGUCCUGGGGACGCAUCUGGGCCACAGCGCUAUUUACACCAUGUGCCGCAUCAUGGAGGAGAGUGGAUUCUCCACCAGGGUGUACAUGGAGGACGCUCCACUGCUGAGAGGAGCCGUGUUCUUUGUGGGAAUGGCUCUGUGGGGCGCCCACAGACUCCCUGCUCUAAAAAACACACCGACACUAGUGCUGCCAUCUUUCUACAAGGCCAUGUCAUGUGCCAACGAGGUGGUGUCGUACGAGAUCGUCCUCUCCAUCACCAGGCUGAUUAAGAAGUACGGCAAAGAGCUGCAGGUGGUCACCUGGGACAUCCUGCUGGGCAUCAUAGAGCGGCUGCUGCAGCAGAUUCAGAUGAUAGGCAGCGCCGAGCUGAAGGCCAUCGUUUACGAGCUUCUGACCACAGUGGAAGAGCUGUAUGAGCAGAACGGCUACCACGGCUCCACAGAGAAGUUCUUCAGUCUGGUGGAGAAAUGUGCAGACAAGAGACCCGACGCCUCGGUGCUGACCCUCGUCUCGUACAGAGCGCAGUCCAUUCAGCCUGCGAAGGACAGCUGGAUCCAGAGCCUCCACUGCCUGAUGGAGAAAUUCUUCAGGAAUGAGAUGCGCAGUGGGAUCAGGAUCAAGGUUCUUCACAUCCUGUCGUUCGUUCUGAGUACUAAUCGCCAGCUCUACGAGGACGAGCUCAUUGAGAAGGUGGUGAUCCCUCAGCUCAGUGGGAUCGCUGAAGACCGGGACCUGGCGGUCAGAAAGCAGGCCACCCAGCUGCUGGUGGACCUCGCCGAGGGCUGCAACACACAUCACUUCACCAGCCUCCUGGACAUCAUCGAACGGGUGGCCAGUCGCUCUCUGGUUUGCUCCGGAUCCCUGGAGGCUUCUGACCCCACAGCUGACUCUCCCAUGGAGGAUGUCAAGACCGCAGUGCUGGGGCUGCUGGAGAUCCUGCAGAGCAAACUUUACAGCCUGCCAGCCAGCCACGCCAGUCGUGUUUAUGAGCUGCUCAUCAGCCACCUGCAGCUCCACUACAAGAACAAGUACUGCUCAGCUGUCGCUUCUGCUGUUCGGCUGCAGGUGUUUGACUUCUUCCUGAUGAUGCGUGCCGACUCUCUGCACCGCGUCGGGGUGCCCAACAAGGACGGAGCGAUGAGGUUCAGCCCUUACUGCUACUGUGACGCCGGGGAGCCAGAGAAGCGGGUUUGCGAUAAGAAGCCGUCAGGUUCUAUAUCGCCCCCUGCUGGCGGUCCUGCUCCGGCCGCGGCGGCUCCUCCUGCUUCAGCAGCCUCCAUCCGCUCAACCUGCCUUCCCUACGCACCUGCCUUCUGCGUCCUGCUGCAGUGCCUCAAGAUGGAGACGGACUGGAAGGUGCUGAAACUUGUUCUGGACAAACUGCCUUGGAUGCUGCAGUACAAAGUGCUGCUGCUCACCUCGACGUGCAGCUUGGACCAGCUCUGUUCCACGCUCUGCGCCAUGGUGACGGAUCGUCAGAUCUCAGAGCGUUUGAAAAAGAUGCCUGAGGGUUUUUCCCGCACAGAUGUCCAGCUGGCUGUGGUUCCCGUUCUCACAGCGAUAACCUCUUACCAUAGCUACCUGGACCAAUCCAGACAGAGAGAGUUGGUUCAGUGUCUGGAGACCGGCCUCAUCUAUCGCUGUGCCAAGCAGUGUGUGGUGGCUCUGACGAUGUGCACAGUGGAGAUGCCCGACAUCAUGAUCAAGCUUCUCCCGGCUCUGAUAGUCAAACUCACCCACAUCUCUGCCACCGUUGCCAUGGCGUCUCCCAUGCUUGAGUUUCUCUCCACUCUGGUGCGCUUACCCCAUCUGUACGCCAACUUUGUAGCCGAGCAGUACGUCAGCGUGUUCGCCAUCUCGCUGCCCUACACUAAUCCGUCCAAAUUCAAUCAAUACAUCGUAUCCCUGGCCCAUCAUGUGAUCGCCAUGUGGUUCAUACGCUGCAGACUCCCCUUCCGCAAGGACUUUGUUCAGUACAUCACCAAGGGCUUGCGCUCCAACGCCUUGCUUCCGUUUGACGACGGACACGAGCAAAGCCCCUUCCGCGCGCGGAGCACCAGCCUCAACGAGAGACCCAAAAGCCUGCGGGCUGGAAAAGUGGCAAAGCCGGCAGCAUCUGUAGCCAAUAGCAGCAGCUCUCCAGUUAAAGAGCUGAGGGACCUUUCGGCCAUGGAGGCUUUCCGCUCCCGCAGCAUCAGCGUCUCCGAACACGCGGUUCGCAGGAUGCACACUUCUACCACGACCUGCAGUCUGGGCUCUGCUGAUGAAAAUGCAGUGACUCAGGCCGAUGAGGGACUCAAGACCGUCCACCUGGAGCUCACGGAGACGUGUCUGGACAUGAUGGCGCGAUACGUAUUCUCAAACUUCUCUGCUCUGCCAAAGAGGUCUCCGAUCGCUGAGUUUCUGUUAGCCGGAGGUCGCAGCAUGACCUGGUUGGUGGGCAACAAGCUUGUCACCAUCACAACGAGCGGCGGUGUCAGAACGCAAGCGUUGCUGGGAAUGGAUAUGUCAGAGCGUCUGGGAGGCGGCGGAGGAGAAAUGACCAGGUCAGAUCCGUCUCUUCACACCCGAAUGACUAAAGAGGCUCCGGCCAAACUGGAGUCGCAGUCCAGUCAGCAGCAGAGCAGAACAACUCGGACUCGUGUCCGCUCCAGGUCAGGUGGCCACGCUCUGCGUGCCGGUCCUAUUCCGAGUCUCAGUCCUCUGGUUUCCCCCUCUGAGGGAGAGUUGGCCUCUCCACUGUCUCCUUCCUCUGGCCCCAGCCUGGACGGCGUCGGUCCUCCCUCCUCCACAGCUGCCACUCUGUCUGCCCCCCCUCCGCUCAAAGACAACCCCAGCCUCGCCGAGUUUGUUCCAAUGCUCACUCAAGGCUGGGCAGAGAUCUUCAUACGGAGACCCUCAGGUAACACCAGCUGGCUGAUGUGUCUGGAGAACCCACCCAGCCCCUUCUCUUCUGAGCUGGGCAACUUGCCGCUGCAGGAGCUCUCCACCGUCCUGAUGGCGAUGGAGGGAGUGAAGGAGCCUCCUACUCAGACAGCCAGCGCUCCAGCCAGCACGGCCGCCCCAGCGCCAACGUCCGCCUCCGAACCGCUCACUCAAACACACAGCAGCGCCGGAGGAAAGGCCAACCUGUUUCAGCGCUCCAGCACCGACUCCGUGGUGGUUCCGGAGGAGGGUUCAGGGGUCGCGGCAGAGAACGCCCCCCUCGAGUGGGUGGAGGGUGAAGAGUUUGAGCCGAUUCCCUCCGAGCCCAUAUUCAUGUCUGACAAGGCGCCGCUACCCGGACCGCUCAGCAGGUCCUCCUCCACCUCCAGUCAGGAUGAUGAGAAAUCCACUCUGGAGGAGGUGAGCGAAGGAGCGAUUCCCAUCGACCAGCCCAGCGUCGGCCCCUCCACCCCGGGCAGCCAGGGCCCCGAGCUUCCUUUUCAGAGCCACUCUCAGUCCCAGGGUCACGGACUGAACAAGUCGAGCUCGUCGCCGGAGCUGCAGACGCUGCCAGAGGCCUUCACCAAAGCAGCGCUGGAGUCUGAGAAAAGCCAGGGCGAUGCCGCUCGGCCCAGGGCGCCCUCAGAUGGCAAGCCUCAGACACUGCAGCAGCCCUGCCCGGACAAGGACAAAGCAGAGGGGAGCACUGGGGCGGACUUCAACGGCCCAGGAGGUCCGGUCCAGGGCGGCGAGGGCUCCGGCUUGCCGUCUCAGAGCGGAGGAGCUGCCAUGAAGUUGGCUUUUCCGGCAGCGCCAGCUCUGCCUGGACCCAUCUCCCCCGGCGGAGGCCACCGACCCCGAGGUCACACCAUCUCCGUCUCUGCCCCGUCCUCCAGGAGAGAGAGGAAGACCGAGAGGGACUCAUAUCACGGCCGACCCGGACCCAGCAACGCAGAGAAGAUCUCCGGACUGAGUCCCAGCUUUGUCUUCCUUCAGCUAUAUCACUCUCCUUUCUUUGGGAAUGAAGCCAAUAAGCCGCUGCUGCUGCCCAAAACUCAGGUGAUCGAUCGGGCUGUGAAGGUUCUGGACCAGAUGCCUCCUUACGACACCCAUAAGAUUGGAGUCGUGUUUGUUGGAGUUGGCCAGGUCAACAACGAAGUCGCCAUCCUGUCCAACGAAUACGGGUCGAACCGCUACGCCGCCUUCCUCACCGGCCUCGGCAAACUGAUCCACCUGAAGGACUGCGACCCCGACCAGAUCUUCCUGGGCGGGCUCGACCAGUACGGCGACGACGGAGAGUUCACCUACUGUUGGCACGACGACAUCAUGCAGGCCAUCUUCCACAUAGCCACGCUGAUGCCGAACAGAGAGAGCGACAAGGGCUGCUGCAACAAGAAGCGACACAUCGGCAACGACUUCGUCAUGGUGGUCUAUAACGACUCGGGGGAAGAUUACAAACUGGGCACCAUAAAGGGUCAAUUUAAUUUCGUCGAAGUCGUUAUUAAGCCACUGGACUAUGAAUGUAAUCUCGUGUCCCUGCAGUGUCGGAAAGACCUGGAGGGCCUGGUUGAUACCACCGUUGCAAAAAUCGUAUCUGACCGCAACCUGCCACUCUUAGUUCGACAGAUGGCUCUGCAUGCAAAUAUGGCUUCUUUGGUGCAUCAGUACAGAGCGAAUCCCUCGGAUGCUUAUGCUUCCAAGUGGCUUGCCAGAUUACGACACAUAAAGAGGAUCAGGACCAGAGCUCAAGAAGACAUCCAGUCCCGUUCGACUCCGGGAAUCUCACUGACCCAAGGACACACUCAGCAGAAUAAAGCAUUUCAACAAGGAGCUUCAGCUCCGACUCCCGAAAUGUCGGGACAGAGAAAAAGACUUGUUUCGACGGUGGAUGACUUUACUGAUUUUGUUUGACUUUGUUUGCAGGGGUGACUUUGUUUGGCAGACUGAACACACACGCACACACGCACACGCACACUCUUUCUCACACACACAGAAACACAGACUGGUUGUGUUUGUGUCAACUACUGUAUGAAUUAAAGUGAUAAUUUAAAAAAAAAAUCUGAAAUCAUG